UUCCGGAGAUCAUUCAGUAUAUCGAAGCUUAACAAAUAUGAAGGGUCCCAUAUGCAAAUAUACGAGAUCACUUCUUCGGAAUUUCUCAAAGUUUAAUAAUAAGUUCAGUGUGAGAUGUUCCUCGCAAUAUUACAAGAUAGAUGAAAAUAUAUUUGGAUUGAAUGAUGAUCAGAAACAGCUGCGAUCAUUGGUUUUUAAUUUCGCGCAAAAAGAGCUUGCCCCAAAAGCUGACGAGAUCGACAGGAAAAACAAUUUCGACGAUCUCAGAAUAUUCUGGAAAGAACUGGGCAAAUUAGGUCUGCUGGGUAUAACGGUGAAGCCAGAAUAUGGUGGAACCGGUGGCACGUACUUGGAUCAUGUUAUUAUUAUAGAAGAAUUGAGCAGAGCGUCGGCGUCUAUAGGAAUUAAUUAUGGCGCGCAUUCAAACUUGUGCGUAAAUCAAAUUCACAGAAACGGCACAGAGGAACAGAAAAUGAAGUAUCUGCCGAAGCUUUGUAGCGGGGAACAUAUGGGGGCACUGGCAAUGUCAGAAACAGGAUCUGGCUCCGACGUAGUUUCCAUGAAACUGAGAGCCGAGAAGAAAGGCGAUCACUAUGUUUUAAACGGUAACAAAUUUUGGAUCACGAACGGUCCCGACGCCGACACCCUCGUCGUUUAUGCGAAGACGAAUCCAAACGCGGAGAAACCACAGCACGGCAUUACAGCGUUUAUCGUCGAGCGAGAAUUCGAGGGGUUCAGCACGGGGCAGAAGUUAGAUAAACUGGGAAUGCGUGGUUCCAACACCUCCGAGCUUGUCUUCGAAGACUGUAAAGUACCUGCUGAAAACGUGCUCGGAGAAGUGGACAAAGGUGUAUACGUUCUUUUCAGCGGUCUAGACUUGGAACGAUUGAUACUGGCGGGUGCUCCACUGGGAAUUAUUCAGGCGUGUUGCGACGUAACGUUCGAGUACGCCCACGAGAGAAAACAAUUUGGUAAACGUCUCGCGGAGUUCCAGCUCAUACAGGAAAAGAUGGCGAACAUGUACACGAGCCUGAGCGCCUGCAGAAGUUACUUGUACUCCGUAGCGAGGUCCUGCGACGCCGGGCACGUGAACCGUAAAGAUUGCGCCGCUGUGAUACUUUACGGCGCCGAAUGCGCGACGAAGGCCGCCCUAGACGCGAUCCAAGUGCUUGGUGGAAACGGCUACAUAAACGACUAUCCUACUGGAAGAUUUUUGAGGGACGCUAAAUUGUACGAGAUCGGCGCCGGUACCAGCGAGAUUCGUCGAAUGGUAAUCAGCAGAGCGAUCACCGAAGAAUAUUCAUGAACAUUCACCAACGGAAAAAUAUAUAUUACGUUUCACUAGCAUCGUCGUAAAAUCCUUCGUUUCGUAUCGACGAACCACCCCGCAUGGCCGACCCAAAUUAUUUUUAAUUCUCUUUCCCGAAGCUUCUCUCCGCGUCGUGGUUCCAUUCUUAGCCGGUCGAGCAAUCUGUAUCAUCCGAUAGGCGAUUAAUGGGUCAUCGUCAUUGCCAAUCUGCAUAUCAAUACGACAGAUAAUGUACACACUUUCUUAGGAUACGUGUAAAUUGAGAUAAAUGAGUCACUAGAACGGU